UCGUACUCUCAACAGAAACCCAUAGAAUAACUAUUCUGAAAACAGCGACUGCUAGUCUUCAAGGCAAAACUUGCUCCAAGUUGCUAGACAUCUCGGACGCAAAUCCAGUGCGUGUUGACAUAGGAUCAGUCAGAUGUAGAGACCGUCGCAGCUGAGUAAUACAUGCAUCGCCACUGCACUACGACACUGACUACUGCGUAGGCUAUGCUACUGUCUCGGCAUCUUCUUUCAACGACUUACGGGUACGAGGCAGUUCACUAAUCGCAGUCUUGCGACAUUUUGCUUCUGUAGGCAAUGCAGCUCAGUCUGCAGCUGCGGCGAUUAUCGAACGUCGGCCUUGUUGGCGGGUCCGACUCAGUCGUCCACGGCGCAAGCCUCUGUGCACAGGCCGAAAUCGCUCGCGUCGGCACGGAGCAUGCUGAGCCGUCGUCUUUGGCCCAACUUUGACGAAGCGACACACGCAUUGACCCUACGUCGGCGCUUAUGACACAGUGUUGAAUUAGCUGCUUUGUAGCACGCAUUGUGAGCACAAACUUGCCCUCACUAUCUUUUUCCUUUACCGCCACCAUGGCCUCUCUCCAGUGGCAGGCGCCACACAUGUCAUCCCAACAUACGAGGCAGGCGCCAGGCUCCAGCCACCCGCAUGCAACAAAGCUGCAGCAUCGAGUAGCGCCUGCUUUACCCGUGGAGCAACCGCCGUAUUACGGACAAGAAGAACUCGCAAGGUUGAGUACAAAUUUCUUGCGGGGUCUGUUCGCUUGCCCAGACCUACACGAACCAUCGCAGGCGGAACCCGCUAUACCGUUCCAGUCGCUCAAGCAUUUCAUCGCAUACGUACUGUACCGAACCCGGUUCGACUCUGCGGUCGUCUUCUCUACCUUAUAUCUCCUAUAUCGCCUGAAGGAGAGAUAUCCCGCUUGCACCGGCACAUCGGGUCUUCGACUGUUUCUCCCUGCUCUCGUGGUCACUGCGAAGAUGAUGCUUGACGACACAUACAGCAACAAGAGUUUCGCACUUCUGAGCCAGGGGAUGUUCCCUGUGCGUCAGGUGAACCACAUGGAGCGCAAGUUGCUAAGCGAGAUGGACAUGGAGGUUAAU